AGAGAAUCCAUACAGAAACCCAAAAGUUGGUUCUGCAUACAGAUGGUAACCUGACCAACAACCAGGCUAUAAUAGAUGCAAGCUUCCUAUUGGCUGGACCUGACUGGGAUUUCAACACUGAAGAAGGACAAGAGUGAGGGCAGCAAGAACCACGUGGCAACAAUGUCAGCAGAAGUGGAGACCUCUGAGGGGGUAGACGAGUCAGAGAAAAAGAACUCCGUGGUCCUAGAAAAGGAAAACUUUACCAAAAUGGCAGACCUCUCUGAGCUCCUGAAGGAAGGGACCAAGGAAGCACAUGACCGAGCAGAAAAUACUCAGUUUGUCAAGGACUUCUUGAAAGGCAACAUUAAGAAGGAGCUAUUUAAGCUGGCCACUACUGCACUUUACUUCACAUACUCCGCCCUUGAGGAGGAAAUGGACCGCAACAAGGACCACCCAGCCUUUGCUCCCUUGUACUUCCCUGUGGAGCUACACCGGAAGGAGGCACUGACCAAGGACAUGGAGUAUUUCUUUGGUGAAAACUGGGAGGAGCAGGUGAAGUGCUCCGAGGCUGCCCAGAAGUACGUGGAACGGAUCCAUUACAUAGGGCAGAAUGAGCCAGAGCUGCUGGUCGCCCAUGCUUACACUCGCUACAUGGGGGACCUCUCAGGGGGCCAGGUGCUGAAGAAGGUAGCCCAGCGGGCACUGAAACUCCCCAGUACUGGAGAAGGGACCCAGUUCUACCUAUUUGAAAAUGUGGACAAUGCCCAGCAGUUCAAGCAGUUGUAUCGGGCCAGGAUGAACGCCUUGGAUCUGAACCUGAAGACCAAAGAGAGGAUUGUGGAGGAGGCCAAUAAGGCCUUUGAAUUCAACAUGCAGAUAUUCAGUGAACUGGACCAGGCUGGUUCCAUGCUGGCCAGAGAAACCUUGGAGGAUGGGCUCCCCAUUCAUGACGGGAAGGGAGAUGUGCGCAAAUGCCCCUUUUAUGCUGCUCAGCAAGACAAAGGUUCGCUGGAGGGCAGCAGCUGCCCCUUCCGGACAGCCAUGGCUGUGCUGAGGAAGCCCAGCCUCCAGUUCAUUCUGGCCGCAAGUGUGGCUCUGUUUGCUGGACUCAUAGCCUGGUACUACAUGUGAAGGACCUGUCAUGUCGUGCAUCUUCCCCAACUCCCAAGUGAUCCUGUUCCUCUUCCAUCUCUGCUCCUGACUAAACUACCACCUCAGGUGACUUUUUUUAAUGCUGGGUUUGACAAAAGCAACCAAUAAAAGCUAGACACUAGUG